CUUAAUUCAAUUUAAUUCAAAAUGAGCCAGGAUUUUUCAAGAAUUUCAAAUGAAGGAGAUAGCCAUUAUGGCUUUGGUUCAACUACAUUUAAAAAUAGCAAGGCAAAUUAUACAUCCUCUGCAAACCAGCCCCCUCCUAUAACCGCAUCUCCAGAGGCUAAACUGAAGUACGAGAACAGGAAGGUGGAGACGGAAAUUGAACAGCUACAUUUGGCCAACCAAAACUUAUGCCAGGAGAAAUAUGACUUCGUCCAUAAAACAGAAGAUAAGAAGAACGAGAUUCAGCAAACAGCAGAUCAUAUCGAUCAGGCUAACAAGGAAAUGGUCAAAAAUUGGAAAGAUCUUGGAGAAGCUGGCCAAAGAUCAUCUAAAGGCCUUCCAAAGGUGAACCUCCAGAAGACCAAGAAGCAAUGAGUUAAAAAGCAAGAAAGGCUUGAACAAGAGAGGAACGAACUCGCUAGAAUAUGUCAGAUGCUUAUUGACGAGCUUAAUGAAUGCGAUGUGAGAAUCAAACUUGCUGAAGAAGUCAUUGGAGACCUAAAAAGCACAGACCUUAUCGAUAUGCUUACUAGAAAUGAGAGGACCAAGGAAGCCAUGCUACAAGAGAUAGAAGACUUACAGGAUAGAUCACAAGAUCUAGAUGGAAUCAUUGCAAAGCAAGACAGGGAGAUUGAUAAACUAGAGACCUUUAUCAACUCUCCAAAUGGCCUCAACCAGCAAAGAGUCACUGAAUUGGAGAAUGAACUAGCUGUUGAUGAGCAAACAGAAGAGCAUUUAGUACAAAUAAUAGAAGACCUGAAGGCAAGAGCUGACCAAUACGAUGGCAGCUUGAUUAAUUAUGAUAGAGAACUCACCAAGAAGAGUGAUGACUAUAAUGAACUCAACGUCAAGCUUGUAGAUGGGGAACAAGAAGUCAAGAAUUUGAAGAAGCAAACAGGGAUCUAUAACCUUGAGAGCUCUCUGAGAUAAUUCAAUUUUAUUUGAAA